AUGACGGAUCCUCUCGGCGCUACCGCAAGCAUCCUGGGCAUCGUUACGCCUGCGUUGCAAAUUUCUCGGCUUCUACUCGAUGACUUGAAAGCCAUCAAGGAUGCACCGACCAACAUCAAAACUCUGACCGGCGACAUUGAGUCCCUGGACAUGGCACUUACCUCUAUCAAGAGCGUCGAUGAUAAUGAAUGGGACUCUCUUGGGCCCGCCGUCCUCCAAAACGCAAAAGCUACAAUUACUUCCAGUGCCGAUGCUUGCAAGAGAUUCAACGCGGAUGUUCAGCGGUGGACCAGCCGCUCCAAAGACGGCAGUUUGUCAUGGAUCGAUCGAUCCAAUAUUGGGAUCUUCAAAAAGACACGGCUCGCGUCGAUGAGUGGGGAAAUUCAUACUUGCCAGACCAAGAUUACCUCUGUGAUGGGCAUCGCAACUUUCUUCAAGACCAUCCAUCAAGGUCAGAUCACAGAAGAGAUAAGACAGUCAAUUAUGACCAAGCAAGGAGAACUGUUCGCUGCUUCGCGGGAAGGGCAGACCGAAGUUGCGAGGCUGGAAGACCAGCUGAAAGCUUUGAGCAUACUCAGCGACCCCGAAGAUGAAGAAUAUCAAGAAACUCUAGGGCAGUUGAAAGAACACCAAAGGACACUCGAAGCUUCCCAGAAGCUGAUUGAGGAGUUAGUGAAAAAGCUUCAGGAGUCUUCUAAACAACCAAUCAAGGACGGAGAUCAUUCGAUACAUGUCACGUUUGGAGCCCAGAACAGUGGAAUGCAGACGGGAGUCAACCACGGUGUAAUCAAUUUUACUGCGAAAUGA